ACCUCCAACGAUUUCAAUACCUCGACAUGGCUGCAGCUAAUCCGGAAGCAUCUGAACCAUUCUUUACUAAACUCGGCCCUCGGAUCGCUCUCCACACACCUCCCAACCAUGCAGCUGGACAGCUUGUGAUUAUCGCCACAUGGCUUGGUGCAGCCCGAAAGCAUAUCACCAAGUAUCUACUCAGCUAUAGGAGCAUCGCUCCGCGUUCAAAAAUCCUACUCAUCGAAUCCGACGUAUCGAUUCUCACCAGCUCCUACCCGUCCCAACGAAAAGCUAUCAAGUCCGCCGUCCACGCAGUUCGCGCCGUGCUCGACGAAUGUGGGUAUAGCAAGAAUGACCAGAGUACAAAUCCGCCGAAGAUCCUGCUGCACACCUUCUCUAAUGGGGGCACCAACUCCGCCACCCAGAUGCUGAUUGCUUUGGGCGAGCAGUUCAGCUCACCGUUACCGCUUCUCGGAAUUAUCUACGACAGUGGCCCCGCCAAGGGCGAGUACUGGAAAUCGUACAACUCCAUGAUGCUAUCUCUUCCCAGGGGAAUGGCAAGAACUGUUGGGCCAGCGAUCGUCCACUUCAUUCUCGUCGUUCUUUUCACGUCCGUCGCGGCUGGAAGAUACGACAAACCCGAGGAUCUGUUCCGCCGCACGCUACUCGACGAGAAGCUGGUUAAAGGGCAUGCUAAGAAGGAGGGAAGGAUUUGCUACUUGUUCUCAAAGGCAGAUGACCAUGUGGACUGGAAGGACGUUGUUGAUCACGCAGAAGUGGCCCGCGACAAAGGGUGGGAGGUCGAGGAGGCCUUGUUUGAAGACACUCCGCACUGCAACCACUUCACGAAGAACACGCAACGAUACACAGACAUGAUGCACCGCCUGUGGCACGGGAGCAGCAACAACACUGACGAGCCGCGUUCGAUGCUCUGAUCGAGUCGCGCGGGCGAGCGGCACAGUACAACUUCGUCGCCAGUUUAUUGUUUCUACCGCU